AUGCGAGGGGCAGAGGCGGACAAGGAAACUGAAGCUAUGAUUGAGGACCUAAGUGAAGCUGUGAUUGCAUCUCUUAAAGGAAGGUCUGGAAAAGACUUAGAAGAAGCACUGUUUGCAGCGGUUCGGGAGGAAAGCGAAAAACAGGGGUCGAACACGAGGUCUGAGACAGAAUCGAUACGGCGAGUUCGACGAACUCACACUCAAAGGCUUUGUGAAAUUGAAUCACGUCGUCGUAGUGACAUGGAAGUUGGAACGAGGCAAUCAAUGAGUGAGAGAAGGACCCAGACAUUACCAAUAUGGAGGUCCGGAAGCCCGAACGUAACGACUGAAACGAGAAGUGAGACGCGAAGUAUAACUCGAAGCGAAACUUUGCCUGGAAGAAGACGACAAAUUGAGAUUGAGAUUGGAAUUGGGGAGUCGAAUGAUGAAAAACGAAUGAAGAUGACAGGAGGAGGAGCAGUAAGACGUACUCAAUCGGAACAUUUAUCCGAACGAUUAACUCAAUCAGAGAUUAAUCGACGACUUGAAAUGGAGAGAGAGACACAAUUGAGACGGACCGUGAAUGAUAGACGUACACCACCGUUACGUCCAUGGAGGAGCGGAAGGCCUGAGACAUGGACAGAGAUACGAAAUGAAACUCGAAGUUCAACGUUGCCUAGAAGAGGAAGACAGCCAGAUAUUGAAAAUGAAGAACGGAUCAAGCUGGAGACUCAAACCGGAGCAAGACGACGCACUCAAUCAGAAAAGGUAAUUUCGGGACGAACUGAAAUAAACAACUCGAGAACAUGCCAGGCAGAAAUAGAGAUUGGACCAUCGGGGGUCGAAAUUGAACGAUCGGGGGUCGAAAUUGAACGAUCGGGAAUCGAGAUUGAAAUCGGGACCACUGAGUCAUUAAGACGUACUAAGUCAGAACGAACAACUGAAUCAGAACGACGGCAAGAAAUCGAAAUAGAAAAAGAAUCGGGAACAAGACAAAGGGAGACCGAGAAGAGAAUUGAAAUAUCACGUGCAGGAACGAUCGAGGAGACCAAGGUAGAAAGUGGCGGAGAAGAUUCGUUGAGUACUAAGAGGCAAUUGGAGACAGAAACGGAGGCGGAAACACGAACUGUCCGACGUACUCGAUCAGAAACAAGAAGUGAGUCAGAAAGACGAACUCAGUCAGAAACACGGCGACGAAUCGAAACGGAGAGAGAACUGGCAACAAGGCGAACUCAAAUAGUGACGGAAAGACGAAUUGAAAUAUCACCUGAAUCAUCACCUGAAAGGAGGACUGGAAGUGCUGAAGAAAUACGAACCGGAACUAGUCAUGCAGGAAGGACCGAGGGGCGACUGGAGACAGAGACAAAGGUAGAAAGUGGUGGAGAAGAAUCGUUGAGUACUAAGAGGCAAUUGGAGACAGAAACGAAUGCGGAAACACGAACUGUCCGACGUACUCGAUCAGAGACAAGAAGAGAGUCAGAAAGACGAACUCAGUCAGAAACACGGCGACGAAUCGAAACGGAGAGAGAACUGGCAACAAGGCGAACUCAAAUAGUGACGGAAAGACGAAUUGAAAUAUCACCUGAAUCAUCACCUGAAAGGAGGACUGGAAGUGCUGAAGAAAUACGAACCGGAACUAGUCAUGCAGGAAGGACCGAGGGGCGACUGGAGACAGAGAUAAAGGUUCUAAACGGAGAAGA